AUGAAGGAUCUUGGUGAAGCCUCUUAUGUCUUGGGUAUUGAGAUUCAUCGUAACAGGUCUUGUGGCAUCCUUGAUUUGUCUCUGAAAGACUACAUUGAGAGGGUACUGAAAAGAUUUAACAUGCUAGCUUGUUCACCCAAUAAGGCACCUGUUGUGAAGGGGGAUAAACUUGUUACAUCGCAGUGUCCACAGACUGAAUUGGAACAUAAUCAAAUGAAGAAUGUUCCUUAUGCAUCUGCCGUUGGAAGUUUGAUGUAUGCUCAAGUUUGUACAUGGCCUAACAUUGCCUAUAUUAUUAGUGUACUUGGAAGAUACUUGAGCAAUCUUGGUGAAGUGCAUUGGGUAGCUGUCAAGAAAGUCAUGAGAUAUCUACAGGGUACCAAAGAUUUUAUGCUUACUUACAGAAGAUCUGAUUCUCUUGAUGUGGUUGGCUACACUGAUGCAGAUUUUGCAAGAUGUCCAGAUGACCUGAAGUAUACAUCUGGAUAUGUUUUUCUCAUGGCUGGUGGGGCUAUAUCUUGGAAGAGUGUCAAACAGACACUUACUGCAUCCUCUACUAUGCAGGCAGAGUAUGUGGCGUGUUAUGAGACCAUUGUUUAG